AACACUGGUAGCACAUAUUCAGGUCUAGCAGGCUGCUCCUGGAAACCUGGCUCUGACUAGAGGAAGGAGUUAAGAAAGCCCUGUUGAAGGCCAGAGAGACAGACCUGUGUUUAUCCAGGAAAAGACGUAGGCAGCAGAGGCCCCUGCCAGCUCCUCCCAGAAAGACUGGGCCGGGGGAGCAAGCUGGAGAGGAAGCUGAUCCCCUAGGGCUCUGCACGCUGCCGGACAGAAGCCAGAGGCUGGUAUCCACCUGCUGCCCACAGGUAAGAUUUACAAUCUGGGCACCUGACGAGUGGGACAUGUGCUCAGAGUCCCUGGCAGACUAUUGAUACUUUCUUUGCUCCUGGUGACUCCAUGCAGGGGUUCAUUGAGCCGGCUGCAAAGAAGUCUUCCUGGGCCCGCACUGGGGGUGGCGGAGAAUCAAUGGUGCCUUUGUGCUCUGAAGUUUCUUUCCUAAGGCAAGACUGGACAGUGGGAGGGACCACUCAGCUGCCCAGCUCCGCCUUACAGCCUCGGGAUGUGGCAGGGCUGAGAAGCUGGGGUGUAAAGAGGAGGGGAGAGGGGUUCUGUGACUCACUGAGAGAGGUGAAUCUCCCUGGACUGGCCCUACGGAUCAGCAAUCAGGCGUGUUCCCAGCUGCCAGGAGCAGAACGCACCCCUGUCCAGGGCUCCCAACCUGGAGGCUGGACUUGGACCUUCUCAGCAUCAGUGCUUCACUAUCCCCACCCACUGCAUGUGGCUCUUGGAGAAAGCGGGCUACAGGGUGCGGACCGCAGAGGCUGGAGCGAGGCAGGCGCACUCCAGCCUGGUCCCCAGGCGCCGGGCCCCAGGCUCGCCCUUGAGCUGCAACCCUAACGUCCUCACCCCGGACCGCAUCCCGCAGUUCUUCAUUCCGCCUCGGCUCCGGGACCCCAGCGGCGCCGAGGCCAGGGUGGACGGCCGGAACCUCCCGGUCACCUGCUCGCUGCCGCACCUGGCGGGCCGCGAGGGCUGGGCCUUCCUGCCCGAAAGCCCGCACACGCGCCGCCGCGAGUCCUUGUUCCACGUGCCGCGCGGCCUGGCUGCAGGUCUAGCCCCGGCGCAGUCGCGGCUGCACGUCUCGGCCCCGGACCUCCGCCUCUGCCGGGCCCCGGACAGCGACACGGCCUCGUCGCCCGACUCGUCUCCCUGCGGCUCCCCGCGCACGCCUAGGCCGCACUCCUUGUGCCCGGACGAGACCAACUCGGCGGACACCAGUCCGUACGCAGCGCGCCGCGCGCCCCCGCUCUUCCACCUGGACUUCCUCUGCUGCCAGCUGCGGCCGACCAAGGACAGCGUGCUGCGCCUGGAGCCCAGCGGCGGUCAGCUGCGCCUGUCCACCGAGUACCAUGCGGGCCACGGGCGGCUGCGGCUGCGCCUGGUGAGCGCGGAGGACCUGCCUCGGCCGAGGGCCCGCCCCGGGAGUGGCGGUGGCGGCUGCUGCGUGGUGUUGCGGCUUCAGCCACGCGUUAGACCGAGAGCUCAGCGGAGCCGCGUGGUCCAGGGCAGCUCCAACCCCAUCUUCAAUGAAGACUUCUUCUUCGAAGGGCUGGGCCCGCCAGACCUGGCCACCCGCAGUCUGAGGGCCAAAGUGCUGGAUAGGGGCGGGGGGCUGCGCAGGGACGUGCUGCUGGGAGAGUGUGAGACGCCCCUCAUCGCCCUGCUGCCCCCGCUGACUGGGGGUCUAGGUCCAGGGUCCUCCCUGGCACCUGCACAUCUCAGCCUGUAGACUGACACCACAGCUCCGUUGGGAGGUCUCCACUGUGUCUGCAACCCUCGUUCUUGUCAUCUGCCCAACGAGUAUUUAUUUUUGCUAAUAAAACAUCAGUUUGUCUCUAACUGCAUGCUCCCCAGCGGGUACCAAAAACUCUAGGCUUUGCAGCAACUUUUUUCCUUCCUUCUGCCCAGCCCACUGGGAUGAGCAGGUGCAGACCUUAAUUAAGCAGUGGUCCAAGAGAUUCAGAAUACGCAGCCAUCAGAAACCCUGGAAGUGUUUGCUAAACAUGCAGAGCCUACUAUCCAUCCCCAAGAGAUGCUACUUCAAAAGGCCUAGGCUGAGUGGGGCCUAGGGUCCUGUCUUAGUUUUAUUUCCGUUGCUGUGAUAAACUAUCCCCCCAAAAGCAUUUUUUUAUGUAGAAAGGGUUUAUUUGGUUUACAAUUCCAGGUGACAGACCCUCAUUGUGAGGAAAUCAAGGCCAAGGCUUGAAGCAACUAGUCACAUUCACAGUCAGGAGCAGAAAGAGAGAGCUGGAGAGGUUCAGUGGUUGAGAGCACUGCUGCUCUUCCGAAGCACCCAAGAUCGGUUCCCAGCACCUAUGUUAGGCAGCUUACAACUGCCUGGGAGACUCUGGUUCCAGGGGAUCCAUUGUCAUCCUCGGGCCUCUGAAGGCCAGACAUGCAUACACAUACAUGAAUAAACACAUACAUAUAAAUUAAAAAUAAAUAAAGCAGGGCAUGAUGACUCAAA